AUGUCGCUGGAAUCCAUCCGCUGUGCGUGGGAGCUAUUUACGUACACGAGUGAAUCCCAUUUCUUGAUCUUACCCCAAACCCUUACCCCUGACCUCUACCCCUUAAGUCUGGACUGGAAGAAGGGCUCGGAGCUCGGGGAGUACGACCCUCUCACCCAAGCAGACAGCGAGGACGAAAGCGAAGAGGAUGACCUCGUGCUCAACUACCCCCGGAAUGGCCUUGGCAGGGACAGCUGCCUCGGCGCGGGCUCCUCACAGCUCCGGGGGGGCAGAUCGGGAAGACUUGUGGGGGCCGAAGAUGAGGCACAGGACGACGAGGAGGAAGAGCUGGACGAAUGGAGAGAACGACUCCCCAGCAAAUCCAGGCAGGACAGAGACGACAUGUGGAAGCACAGGGACUCGGGCAGGGACAGGGCCGGGGAGGACAGAGGAGGGCCUGGGCCAAUGGGGGCUGCCGGGCUAGGGGUUCAUAGUACCGAUGAUGAAGAGAAGAGGGUGAGGAUGAGGCAUGCGGUCCGGAGUGCCUUUUUCCUGGUGCCUCUGGUCUGCGCUGCAAUGCUCGUGCUGCUGUGUGCAUUUCUGAUUCCGUGCCAGAAGGGAACACUGGAGAAGAGGCCGCAAUGGGAGAGAGCUCUGGGAGACGCAGUAGGUGUCACGCCCCCUGCGCUGGCGUUGUGGGAUGUUGAUGGUGAUUCAGUGGAGGAUGUAAUCCUGGGUGUCACCGAGUGGUCCAACGACAGCCGUCCCAUGCAAGGGAACAAAAUUUACAGUGCGGUGGCCCUGUCUGCGGUCAGCGGGCAGGUGCUGUGGAGGAAAGUCAUGCGGGAGACUGUGAUGUACAUCCAAUGUGGUCUGCAGUACAGCACCCAGCAGUCACCUGUGGUGCUCCUCAUCAGCAAGUCCAUCCUCAUGUUAGUCAACAGCACCUCAGGGGAGAACCUGCGACCGGUACUGCUUAAGAACAUUGAAUCCCAGGCGGUGUUACUUCCAGACCUCCAGGGCGACUCAGUGCCAGAUCUGCUAAUAGCAACCCUGCCUGCAGAUGAUGCGGCUUCAGAUCUCUUCCUGACGUUGAUCUCCGGGCUGACGGGGGCAAAGCUCGGUCAUCCCGUGCCUUUCAACCUGACUGGGCAGGGAAAACUGAUUGGUCCUUUGCUGCAUGAGACACAACAAGGGGCAUACUACAUCCUCUUUGGACUAGGUAACGUAGAGGCCAUCUCUCUGUGUGAUAUCUACACUCGUGCCACUGGUGAACUACCCAUAACCCCCGCCCUUAGAAAGAAGGAUCCAGGCUGGGAGGGACUCAAGAAGACCAAUUCCUCCUCCUUCAUACCCAUUUACAGAGGAUUUGAGCGUGUGGAGUUCCUGCUCCCUCUCGUGGCUGGUUAUGGCAACAACCCCAACAGUCUGGACACUGUUUCUAACCUCAACUCCACCAAAAGUGACUGGGUGCUGGUGUAUGGCUCCAGCAAGCUGUCAGUGCUCAGGCAGAAGGACAUCCGUAAAGAAUGGACCUUCAACUCAGCUCCCAUUCACAGCCAACCAGCCCCAGGACACUUCAACGAUGAUGCAAUUCUUGAUCUUUUCAUUCAGCAUUCAGCAAACGGCAUCAUGAAGGCUCAGGUUGUUGAUGGGGCCAAUGGACAUCUUCUCUGGUCAGCAGAGUUCGUGUGUCCUCGUUAUGUUUUAGAACCUUCUGCAAUCACCACCUCCACUGGCCAAUCAGCUUUCCUUUUCUGGGCCAGCGAUCCAAUCAAAGCACAGAAGAAUAUUACCAAGACAACUGUGGCCCCAGGUGUUGCUGCAGCGGAGCCACUCAUCAGAAAACUCUUCCUGCUGCACCCUACACAUCCCAAAAUCCUGCUGGAGCUCACCAGCACCACGGACACCGCCGUCACCUCCGCAGUUAGUUACCAGGAGCAUCAGAAAGACGCCUCCUACAUCACCGUAUCCUCCCGACCUGCACCCUAUUCAGAGCCCGGCGCCCGGAUAGUCAAGAGCAUGAGCCUCAAAGCCGCUAUCGCCAAAGGACAAAUCGUCCGACUAGAGGAACGCACCAGACAGCCCGGCGGAGCUGUUAAACCUAGCGUGUUUGAAGUCAACAAGUUCUUCAGGGCUUUGUCCUUUAAACGCCAGUGAGGAGCCAACACUGCGUCACAGGAAGCAGUGGAAAAAAGGACUGAGGACGAAAAGGGACAAAAGUCUGUGGAUAGCUCUGCAAUAAGGAGACACUGAGGAGUUAUUUAGAGCUGUGGAUAUACCAAGUAUGAAUUUAAUUUCAGAGAUUUCUUUUCUGUAAAAAGGAUUAUUUGUAGGUAGGUUUUGUUUGUAUUGUUAUGGUUUAUGUUUGUACAAGGAUAAGGCUUAAUUAAAUUAUUUAACUUUGGGAAGUUUAACAUUUCAGUGAAUGUUUACGAUUGUUUGGACUUGAUGAGAAGAGGUACUUCAUAUUGUUGUUUACUACUGACAGAUAAGCACAAUAAUCCUGAUGAAAGAACAUGUAAUGCAGCACUCAUACCUCUUCCCAGGCCAGUAUGUUUCUGUGGUGCCAUCCUCCAUCACAUGGAUUUUGUUGUAAUAAAGCCACUAACGGUCAUCUUUCCGCUCAUCACCAAGUUAGUAGUGUAAGGAGUCUGUAAAUAUUUAACGCCGUGAACAGUAUUUAUUGAAUAGUUUUAACAUUGUUUUUUUUCUUUGUUUACUUUGUUGUUGAAUAUCUUUUCUCAGAACAUGUGGCUGUUAUUGGCAUUUAAAUGUAAGCUAAAACUUCACAAAUCGCAAAAGAAAAUAUGAAAAUCAAUUCUUA